GUAACUCUCUCUACUCUUCAAAAUGCCGAAAUUCGUUCCAAGGCAACGGAAACAUAAAGUUCUAGCUAGGGAGGGCAAAGCAGCUCUCCCACAAGAGGAUACAAAUGCCGCCGAAGUCCUGCCAGUUUCAAAGGUGGAGAGGGAAGAAAAGUUGAGACUUCUGAGGGAAGAAUUGAGAGCGCAACAGCCGAAAAUAUCUGGCAAGAAGCAGAAGCGCCUGGAUAAAUAUAUUGAAAACAAAUUAAAAAAGGACGAGAAUCAGGCACUUAUCAAGAAGCUCGCCAAAUCCAAGAUAGAUACCUCUCAGCUUCAGAGCUCACGGAACCUAGGCAAGAAAAAGAAAGAAACCCACUUCCGAAAUGGAGCGCAUGAGGAAACCGUCAGCGCCGGAGGGCCGAAGUCUACACAAGAAAGUACUGGCGAAACUGAUUCUGAAGAUGAGGCCAUCCUCUGUGCAGGGAAGAAUUUUAGGGAUGUCCUGGCUUCAGCCGUCGCUCCAAAUGUACGAAUGGGAAGUGGUUUAAAGCGGCCUUUGGAGAUUGGCCCAGAUGGUUACCCUAUACUCAAGAAGCGGAAGAAACGUGUCCGAAAAUUUGAGCCAGUCGAGCAGGAUGAGCCCGAGUGGGAAGGGUUCGAUUCUGAGGAUUCAGCGUCACAAUCGGCCGCGGUUGAAGACGCAGAGCCAAAUGCAGAUGAAAAGGCGAGCAGUGACUAUGAUGAAGAAGGAGUGUCUGGAGAUGAUUCUACGUCCGAUGAUGAGAGCAGCGAUGAGGACGAUGAAACCUCUGCUGGGUUGGAAAACGAGGGGACAUUGAAGAAAAAGAUUCGUCCGCGACAGUCUGCAUUCAAGGCCUGGGCUGUGCAGCAAAUCAACGACGCCGCUGGUUUCAAGCCAACACACCACCUCCCUGCCCCCAUUCCGGAAGAAGUGUCGCAAGCAAUUAAGGAGACGAGGCCUACCGUUCAAGUUGAAGAUGAGCCUUUACCGCCAGAACUUCAAAUAAGCCAGGCAAAUCUCGACAGAAAAGCCUUUUCUGUGAACGUUAGCCGCCCCGAUGACAUCCAGGAAGCUCGUCUAAAGCUGCCAGUAGUCGGAGAAGAGCAAAAAAUCAUGGAGGCCAUCCAUAACAAUUCAUGCAUAGUGAUAUGGGGAGCAACAGGAAGUGGAAAAACCACUCAACUUCCACAGUUUCUAUUUGAAGCAGGGUAUGGAAACCCAGAAAGUGACAAUCCCGGCAUGAUAGGUGUAACACAACCGAGAAGGGUCGCAGCGGUCAGUAUGGCGAAACGAGUGGGUGAGGAAUUAGGGCAGUUUUCCGAUCGAGUGUCUUAUCAAAUUCGAUUUGACAGCACUGUAUCCACCAAGACUGCAAUCAAGUUCAUGACAGACGGUGUCUUGAUACGAGAAAUAGCGCAAGAUUUCUCGCUGUCCAAAUACUCCAUUAUAGUGAUUGACGAAGCUCACGAGCGAAGUGUGAAUACUGAUCUACUCAUUGGUAUGGUCAGUCGAAUAGUGGACCUGAGGAAAUCCAUGAGUGCAGACAAUCCAUCCGUAAGACCGCUGAAGCUGGUCAUUAUGUCUGCUACCCUCCGAAUAUCAGAUUUCAUCCAAAACCCGAAUCUGUUCAAACAGGGAACACCGCCCUUAGUUCAAGCAGAGGGUCGCCAGUAUCCUGUCACUGUCCACUUUGCACGCCGGACUCACCGAGAUUACGUCGAAGAGGCAUACCGCAAGAUCUGCAGAGGUCAUAGAAAACUUCCUCCAGGCGGCUUUCUUGUUUUCUUAACCGGCCAGGGCGAGAUCAAGCUGCUCGCAAAGAGACUCAGGCAAGCAUUAAAGUCCACCCAUGAAUCCGAUGGUUUACAGGCAAAGGUUCAAAUAUCCGCCGCAGAAGCAUCUAUAGAAGCUGAAGAUAUUGAGCUUGGUGAAGAACAUUUGAGGCUUGAGGGCGAAGAAGACGAUGCAAGUGAUAUCGAAAUCGAAGGACUCGACGAUAAUGAGGACGAAGAUGAGUUUGAUCAAGAAGAGGGGGCAAUGGAUUCAACGACCAAAGUCCAUAUCCUGCCUCUGUACUCACAACUGCCAACGAAAGAACAGCUCAGAAUAUUCGAACCGGUGCCAGAAGGCUCGAGACUUAUAGUAUUAGCGACAAACGUUGCUGAGACUAGUUUGACUAUCCCUGGAAUCAGAUAUGUCUUUGACUGUGGUCGAUCCAAAGAGAAGCAGUAUGAUACUUCUACAGGCGUACAGAGCUUUCAAAUUGGAUGGAUCAGUAAAGCCAGUGCUAGUCAGCGUGCUGGACGCGCUGGUAGAACUGGGCCUGGUCAUUGCUACAGGCUAUAUUCCUCGGCGCUGUACGAGGAAGCAUUCCAAGAAUAUACCGAGCCGGAAAUCCUUCGGACGCCGAUAGAGGGCGUAGUUCUGCAAAUGAAAUGUAUGGGAUUGCAUCAUGUCAUUAAUUUCCCAUUCCCAACACCACCAAAUCGUGCUGCGCUAGCUAAAGCGGAAAGUUUGCUUCGGUAUCUCGGCGCGUUGGCAUCGGACGGUCAAAUAACAGACAUUGGUCGCCACUUAACAUUAUAUCCACUGAGCCCAAGGUUUGGCAAGAUGCUGUAUAUCGGUCACCAGCAUGGCUGUAUGCCCUACGUUAUUGCGAUGGUCGCAGCUCUAGCUGUCUCAGACUUAUUCAUUCAAGAAAGCCAACUUGAUUUGUCACCUUUGUCCAGGGAUGAUGAUAAGAAAGUGUAUACUAAUGCUGACCGACUUGAAGACACCGCUAGAGAGCACCGAAAGAAAGCUUACCACAAAGCUCAUCGCAUUUUUAGCAAGUAUGACGACAAAGCUGAUACUUUGAAGUUCCUUGCUGCGGUUUGCGCAUACGCAUACGCCCCCGAUGGAGAGACAUUCUGCUCACAGAUGUUCCUCCGUUCGAAUGCAAUGAAAGAAGCCGCUCAGCUCCGUCGCCAAUUAUCAGAGUUGGUCCGCGUGAAUAAACCUGGUUUGCUUGGUUCCUUCGAAUCUCGCCUGCCCGAGCCAUCAGACAAGAAAAUCCGAGCGUUAAAGCAAAUAACUGCAGCGGGUUUCAUUGAUCAAGUAGCAAUUCGUGCAGAUACAGCACCCGUACCUCCAGUAAUGGAACGGAAGCCAAAACGAGCCAUUGAUGUUCCCUACUUUACCCUCUUCGCAUCCCGAGAGGGACGGGCAAAGGAGUUAGAAGAGAAAGCUGUAUAUCUUCAUCCUUCAUCCAAUUUGGCCAAACUGUCACCCAACGAACUUCCUCAAUAUCUGGUGUACUCACACCUACAGCAAUCAACGCCGACGUACAUUGGUGACGUUCCCAAAGUACGCAUGUUCCCCUUGACCCCGGUCAGUGGUUUGCAAUUGUCGGCGUUAGCACAGGGUACGCCGCUAAUCCAAUAUGGAAAACCUAUUGGAAAGACGGAUUCUCUGGGAGGUGCACCCGAGAGAAGGGAAUGCUGGGUCAUCCCUUCAAUGGUUGGAGAGCCCGGGAGCGUAGGAUGGCCUCUACCCGCAAAAAAGGUAAUUCAAAAGAAGGAUAGAAAAGAAGGAUGGGUGAUCGAACGAUUUGUUUAG